AAAACUUUAAUUAGUACAAAGAAAUAUUGUUUAAAUUUUGUGGUUAUAACAUUUGCAUAAUAAAUACAUCGGCGUACUGUUAUCUAAUGUACAUUACUGAAAUAUACACAUAGUUACUAUAGUUGAAUAUAUAUUACUAUUGCGUUCUUAUUUCGUCAGAUGUAUUCAUGUGCAAUAUUGUUAACUCAAUAAAAUACGGUGGAAUUUUGUUUAAGUAAUUGUGGAAUGAGCCAUCAAAUUAACUAAUAAUAAAAAAAUUAUUUAAAAAGUACAAAUUUGUACAAGUCAAAUGGCCAAAACGAGGCUGUUAUAACGAAUUAACCCCGCCAUCCAAGAGUUUUACGAAUCGAUUUAUACAACAAAAAAGAUUUCUACUCGGCACGAAUUUCAAAUACUAACAAACCGUAUACACAAACAGAAAAAUUUUAACGGUAUACUAAGACUUCAUCAACCAUUAUGCAUAAUAGCACAGUGAUACAGUGAAAACAAAUCUCAGGAAAUAUAUUUGUAUAUAAAAGCAACUUCACAACAAUUUCAACUUCAGAAGUUGUACUUUUAAUUAGUAGCUAAUAACAAAAUACCUGCCAAAAGUAAAUAUCUAACACAACAAAUUUUACUCAUCAGCCGGAUGCCCGAGUAAAUUUAAUCUCAAAUUUGUUGAAAUCGGAACCAAAUUUAGCAGUACAUCUGGGUUUAAGCUUUGCUUAUUUAUACAUUAGGAACCAUGCAGCCAACUAUAGAACACGGCGAGGCGCCAAAGGAUCCAAAGAUUAUUGGGAAAGAUUUUUCACAGCAUUUUACUGAACAUGACUUCGAGGGACAUCGCGCUCAUACCGUUUAUGUUAGUUUACAUGUGCAAGGAGGCCGUCGUCAUUUAACACGACGUCGUAAAUACCAUACUAACAAGGAAAACAACGGUGAAAAGCAUUUAGGGGUACCUGGUGAGAUAGAAACUACUCCACCAGCGCAACGAGUACAAUUUAUACUUGGAGAGGAUGAACACGAUGGCAUUCGCGAAAUACACCCUAUCUUUUCCGAAAUGGAAGUUUUGGUCAAAGAAGGUGAUGAUUUUGAAUGGAAAGAAAUUGCGCGCUGGAUAAAAUUUGAGGAAGAUGUGGAAGAAGGUGGUAACAGAUGGUCAAAACCACACGUAGCCACGUUGUUUUUGCACACAUUAUUCGAACUUCGCAGUUUAUUGCGGAGGGGAUCCAUUAUGCUGGAUAUGGAAGCCAGUAGCCUAGAUCUUAUUGUUGAUUUACUAUGUGACAAUAUGGUAAAUAAUGGAAUGUUUCCAAUAAAUUACCGUACGAAAAUUAAAGAUCUGUUGCUCAGACGUCAUCGUCAUCAGCACGAGUACAGUAAAAAGAACAAGGGUUUGCCAAUCAUUCGUUCACUUGUUGAUAUUAGUCGCAAUCAGCCAUCUUCCAAAAGGGAAGAUAUGCCUAAGAGCCCUAGUAACGCAUGUAUACAAUGUAACAAUAGCUCAAGCGAUUUCAACGAGCAUGCCACCAACACAAAUUUCAUGCGGAAAAUCCCAUCCGGCGCUGAGGCAAGUAACAUCCUUAUCGGCGAAGUGGAUUUCCUGGAAAAAACUUUAGUAGGAUUUGUUCGAUUAAAUAAAUCAUCAUUUUUGGGUGAUUUAACUGAAGUUCCAGUACCAACACGUUUCAUUUUUGUUGCGUUGGGAGGACCUGGCAGUCAAAAUAAUCUACAAGAAAUCGGCCGUGCCAUCGGAACUCUUAUGUCUGAUGAGAUAUUCCAUGAAGUUGCAUAUCGUGCCAAAAAAACCGACCACUUAAUUGUCGGUAUAGAUGAAUUUUUAGAUUCAGUCACUAUAUUACCUCCAGGCGAAUGGGAUCCAACUAUAAGAAUUGAACCUCCAGCUGUUAUACCUUCGCAAGAGGUUCGUAAACGACCACCUGAAAUAUCGAAAGAAGAAGCAGAUGACGAAGAAGAAGAACAACGGUUACGUCUAGAGUCUGGAUUAGUGCGUACCGGUGACCUUUUCGGCGGAUUAAGGAAUGACGUUAGAAGGAAAAUCAAGUGGUACUGUACAGAUUUCAAGGACGGCUUUUCAAUGCAGUGUGUUGCCUCCUGGAUCUUUUUGUACUUUGCUUGUCUGUCUCCGAUUAUAACAUUUGGUGGCUUACUAGCCGAAGCUACAGGAAAGAAUAUAGCAGCUAUGGAGUCAUUGGUUUCCGGAUUUGUUUGCGGUAUGGGGUACGGUCUAUUUUCGGGACAACCACUCACAAUUUUAGGAUCCACCGGACCAGUCCUAGUAUUUGAGACUAUUGUUUACGACUUUUGCCAAAGUCAAGGUUGGGAAUAUUUGACUUUUCGAUUUUGGAUUGGUACUUGGAUAGCUGCAAUACUGCUAUUUUUAACAGCUGUCGACGCCAGCGCUUUGGUUUGUUAUAUUACACGCUUCACCGAGGAGAAUUUCGCUACAUUAAUUGCAUUCAUUUUUAUAUACAAGGCUGUUGAAAAUGUUUGGAUGAUAAAAAGCAACUUUCCUUUAAGUAAUCCAAUUUAUGAUUGUAUUUGCACACCACCACCUAAUAGUAAUUACACAAUUCUGGAUUAUGCAAAAUAUGACAAAUCAACUUGCUUACUGAACAAUGGAACUCGUGUCGGCCCUGACUGUUCUCAUUCAAGCACCGAAAAUGUCUUCCUUAUGUCACUUAUUCUCUUCUGCGGCACCUUUAUAAUGUCUGUCAUAUUAAAAGAUUUUAAGAAUGCGUCGUAUUUUCCGUCCUCUGUGCGUCAAUAUAUUAGCGAUUUUGCCGUUAUUAUUGCAAUAUUAUCAAUGUCAUUUUUGGACUUUACUAUGAACAUUGCCACACCGAAGCUCGAUGUACCCCAUGAAUUUAAACCGACCUUGAGCUCACGUGGUUGGCUUGUACCACCGUUCACGGCAAAUAAUCCUUGGUGGACGGCAGUCAUUGCAGUUUUUCCUGCAAUAUUGGGAACGAUUUUAAUCUUUAUGGAUCAGCAAAUUACAUCGGUCAUAAUAAACCGUAAAGAAAACAAACUUAAGAAGGGAUGUGGUUACCACUUGGAUUUAUUUAUACUCUCGAUCUUAAUACAAAUAUGCAGUAUAAUGGGUUUACCAUGGUUUGUUGCCGCAACUGUUCUUAGUAUAAAUCAUGUUAAUUCAUUAAAACUGGAGUCGGACUGCUCUGCCCCAGGAGAGAAGCCAACAUUUUUGGGUGUUCGGGAGCAACGCGUAACACAUGUUUUAAUAUUCUUAACAAUCGGACUGUCAGUUACUUUAACUCCACUGCUUUGUCAUAUUCCAAUGCCUGUACUCUUCGGCGUUUUUCUUUACAUGGGUAUAGCAUCAUUAGCGGGUUUACAAUUCUUUGAUCGAAUACUCAUAAUGUUGAUGCCGGCGAAGUAUCAGCCCGACUUUAUGUUCCUUCGAAAGGUUCCAAUUAAAAGGGUUCAUCUCUUCACAGCUAUACAACUAGCCUGUCUUAUAAUAUUAUGGCUUAUAAAAUCUUUCUCGGAAACAUCCAUUCUUUUUCCUUUAAUGUUGGUUGUUAUGAUCGGAAUACGUAAGGCCUUGGACUUAGUGUUUACCACCAAAGAAUUGAAAAUACUGGAUGAUAUUAUGCCUGAAAUAAAGAAAUCAGCUGAUAACAAUGGUGCACAUCAAUCGGAUGUCGAAGUGGGUUGCCUAACAAAACUUAAGAGAUGUUGUUUGGGUGAAUCGUCUACAUCGAAACAACAAAAAGGUCUGCAUCAAUUACAACAUAACUAUGAUAAAAAGACAACUGAAAAAUCCACCUGCUAUAAAGAAGUAAGUUCGGUAUAUGAAACUAGCAUGCCUCGUAUUCAUUUGUGCACUGAUGACGGAACCACACAACAAUAUUUCAAUUCCUCAUUUAGAGAUGGCACCAAUAUAGACGUCAAUUUAAGAACCUCGGCACAGCAGGCAGAAAAGAUCGAGAGAACAUAUCAGCUUACUAUUCCAGAGUCUGCCAAAGUAAGACAUAUCAAUCGUGGAAAAAAAAAACACCUAAUAAGAUUAGACAACUGCUCCACGGAUUUCAUUAUGGAAAAACACAUGUAUACUCUGCAGAAAAGUCAAUUAGGGUCAAUGUUAUAAAGAAAAUUUGGCCAAUCUUUUUUAAUGUUUACGGACGUCACCCUUCAAACUUUUAUUUUUAAUUCCUUAAAACCAAAAACAAAAAAUAUUGAUAAAUAGAACUUCUUAACCGCAAGUGCAAAAUAUACUGAGGGAUGUUGAAUUUAUUAUCUUUCAUAUAUGUAACUAAAAAUGUAUGUACAUUCAUGUGGAAUAUAUGUAUAUGGGUAUAUGUCUCUUUUUAUAUUUAAUUUUGUCAUACAUUAUUGUAAAUAGUUCCAAAAAUAUUUUAACAGUUUUCAA